UCAGGAAAAGUCUGACCUUACAUGAUAAUGUUGUGAUGGAGGUGCUUCUCACUCAGAACAUUAUGAGAGAAUGUGACACAGACUUUGUUAAUUUCCCUGGAUACAUCCAGAACUUUCAAGCCGACCCAUUUGCCACUCAUAUGUACAGUGAGACAGGGUUAGGGAUUUUGGUUGCACAUAUGAGGAGGAAGGAACCAGUAAAACUGUACCUGGACGCCACAGGGAGUGUGGUAUCCAAGAUCCCAGACCAGAAGAAGCGUGUUUUAUACUAUGCACUUGUUUUACCUGGACAUGGUCGUGGUGCACCCCCCUUGCCUGUGGCAGAGAUGCUAACGAAUGACCACACUGUACCCUCGAUUACCUACUGGCUCUUGCAGUUUCUCCACACUGUUCGUAAAUUCACUGUCCUGACAGUUCGCCAAGUGGAGACAGACUUCAGCUGGGCGCUGAUGCAGGCUGUUCUCCUAUCCUUAACAAGGAAAAUAUUUGUACCUAUUUGAGGAGAUGCUUCGCCAUCAGCCAGGGCAAACGGCAGAUGAAGGCCAUCCAGAAGUAUACUGUGCUCCACCUUUGCUCGGCGCAUGUGCUCAAGGCCAUUAGUGGAAUCAUUGCUAAGCACGUGACUGAUAGAGGUCACAGAGAAUUUUUGACUUUUGUGUUUGCCAGGCUGCAGAACACACAAAGUCUGAAUGAGGCCAUCCAGGUGUUCAGGGCCCUGUGCAUCAUUUUGUUUGCAAAAAGGAAUUUACCUGUUGUAAUAAACAGUGUGGAGGAGCUGAAAGAGAUGAUACAGUCAGUUAACUUUGAUGUAUUGUCUGAGGACCAGGUCGAUGCAAAGACCUUCAUGACAUAAGAAGACCUUGAAGCUGUCGAUUCCAGGACGAUUGUCGGCACGUCUCCGUUUUCGUCUGUCUUCCGACGCAUCUCUGAUGAUGCUGCCGAAGCAGUGGAUUCAGAGCCAAAUGAAGAGGAGGACAAUCUCUACUACUGCCCUGCCAUAGUCCAAACACUCCUCGACAAAUACAUGUCCAUAUAUCCACUCUGGAGUGGGCUGAUGUUGGGGGAUCUGUCACGCCAUGCUCCACGCCCAAACAAUCCAGGGACGAAGGAGAAGGAGACGAGGGACACAAAUUGCCACGUGGAGGCAUGGUUCGGGAUUGUGAAAAACCACAUCCUUUUAAAAAAGAAACAAAUGCGUCCUGGAGCGUUCAAAAUAAACGACAUCAGCCUUUCAGAAGAGGCAUGGGCCAAAAAAAAUCACAUGGAAGCAAGUACCAGCUCUAAAUCCAGGUCAAAAUAUUAUGCUGCCCCUACCUCAAUGCCUACACCAAGAAAAACAAAAAAAAGAGGUUGCAGAAUAGGUCCAGUUCCAGGAGGUCCAGUUCCAGGACCUGGUGAAAACUCGGACAAGGAACUCUCUGGCAAUGCUGAGGACCCAUCAGAAGAGGCCAGUGAAGAUGGUGAUGGCAGUCAUGAAGCCACAUCAAGCACAAAAACACAAGAGUCAGAGACACAGACUCUUUGGAAAAGGAAGGGGACUGAGGUUGUCAUUGCAACUGUUAGGACAAACAAUGGUAACUCAAUAAUUUGCCUGAGGCAUAAUGACCUCAUCUCACUAAGGCCACACAAUCUGCUUAAUGGUGAGGCAAUGGAGUUUUUCAUUCAAGCCACUCUUUCAAGGAUGGGGGGUGUGCGCCGACUGUAUGUGUUACAUCACUUCGUCAUUGGUGUAUUUUUGUUCGGAGAAACCUCACAAAUCUCAAGGCAAAGUUUAAAGACCGUGGACUUUGAUCAGUACGAUGGUGUGAUUGGAUUUGUUAAUGUAAACAACAACCACUGGAAGUUUGUGUAUCUUCAUGCUCCAACAAGCCAAAUAUUCAUCCUUGAUCCUGCUGACCCUGAGAUUGAUCUGGAAGAGACCAGGAAAGCAGCAAAACGCUUCCGCAAAUACUUUAGGACAAGGUUUAAUCUAAACGGACAAAAGGAUUGGUUGACCUUGGCAUGGAAACCUGCCACCAUUUCCCACACAACACAGAGAGAUGGAACUAGCUGUGGAGUCUUUGUCAUGGAGGUGAAGUAA